UUCAAUUCAAGAUGGCUACCAGUAAGUUGGAUCAAUUUCUGGAAAAUGUUGACGACAAGGUCUUGGAGUGUACCAUCUGCUUUAAGAGACUUCAAAAUCCAAAAUCUCUCAACUGCCUCCAUAGUUUCUGUUUGGCAUGCCUGGAAGAUUGGGUUAAGACUAAGGGUCAGCUAUCUUGCCCAACUUGCUCAAAAUUAUAUCCAAUUCCGGAGGGUGGGCUUCAGAAGCUUCCACCAAAUACCUUUCUAAAUAAUUUAUUAGAAACUAUCGAACAAUUUUCAGAGAGAGAUCAGAUGAAAUGUAGUGUUUGUGAAAAGGAUGAACAGGUAAAAUACUACUGCCAGGAUUGCAGACAGUACUUGUGCUCUACUUGUAGUGAUCAACAUAAAAAGUUCAAAGCCAUGGUAAAUCACAAGUUACAUUUAAUGGAGGAUGUGGAAUCAAUGAGUCCCUCUGAGAUGACUUUGUUACAUCCGCCUCAGUGUUCACAUCACA